CCGCCCAGCACAAAGUGUCAGCAUGCUGCUGGUGGCGGUCGUGUCGCUGCUGCUGCACAGCUUGCUGGCCGAGCAGCCUCCGUGGUGGCGCGGCGCCGUCUACUACAGGGUACUCGUCGACUCCUUCAAGGACUCCGAUGGAGAUGGCCUGGGAGAUUUGCAAGGCACGAUAAAGCAGCUGAGCUACGUGCGCGCACUGGGCGCCGAUGCAGUGAUUCUGUCACCAAUAGUCAGCAAGAGCACAGACUGCAGCACUCCCGGCACUCUCGACUUCACAGACGUUGAUGCAAGAUAUGGAGACAUUGAUAAGUUCAACGUACUGGUGGAGAAGAGCAAGAAACUUGAACUCAAGCUCCUCAUAACACUCCCCCUACAGACUAUCAGCUCAAGCUCUGAACUGUUCAACUCCAGUGCUGACCGCAGGCCUGGCUACGAGGAUAUACUUGUAUGGAGAAAUGGGAAAGAAGAUGAAGUGCCAGAAGAUUUCCAAGGCGUAGACAAAUGGACAUGGCACGAAAAAAGGGCUGCAUAUUACGGGAGCAGCAAGGACGAGGCGCUGGUGAACCUUUGCUCCGACGCCGUGGGGUCCAUGUUCGCUGACGUGCAGUGCGCUUGGUUGAAGCGAGGAGUUGCCGGCGUGGUGUUGAGCCCUGACUACUUUGUGGACUACGACUGUAGCCUGCGGUUGGUGAAGAAGAUGGUCACAGCUGGUAUGGGAUGUGCUCGCAAUGAAAAUAUGGAUCCGCCGAUAAUACUAGUUGAGACCUCGCUGGGGCCGGAAAUCGGCGCUAAAUACUACGGGGAAGGUAGUUCAGGAGCCAACAGCGUGAUAAGUUAUGGGCUGGCGGCGCCGCAGAGGCGAUCGGCGGCAACUUUAGCGCUGCACUUGCACGCUGCCAUGUUGUACGCGCCGCAAGAUACCGUGCCCACUUGGCUCACUAGUGUAUCAAACGAAAGCCGCAUAGCGACACGUUACGGCAACGACAUGGUGGACGCAAUACUGCUGCUAGCCCUAACACUACCUGGAGCAGUUAUAGUUCAACAGGGAGACGAAUUAGGUGCAGCGGACACUAUCUUAGAGUGGGCAGAAACGACCGAGUGCUGGCCAACAAAAGCCGCUGCAUCAGCUGCACCAUUUCCAUGGGAUGACAGUCCAACUGCUAGUUUCACAUCCGGGAAGCCUUGGUUGCCAUUGGCCACAAAUUACAGAUACGCCAAUGCUAAGACAGAGUUUGCUAACGAUUUGAGCCAUAUUGGUGUCAUGAGAACUGCGGCUGCUAUGAGGAAGUCUCCAGCUAUAGGACCUCACAUUGAGAUAAAUCGUUUUGGUGAAACGCUUACUGUACUGAGAUGGGGAGGUGCUGGAUCCCUUUUAGUUGUUGCCAAUUUGGGUUUGGGACAAUCUGAAGUGCAACUUUCGAAAAUUCCUGGACUACCCCCGGAGAUGACAGUAGCUGCUGCUUCUGGAGGAUCCAGUCUAUCAUCUGGUUCUCAUAUAAAUAUGGAAAAGCUUCUGAAAUUGUCAUCUGGUGAAGCAGCCCUGUUAGCUGGACCUCCAAGACACUGUGGCGGACCAGGACCCGUGGACAAAAUUACUAACAAACUGUCCGAAGGGUGGCAAAAGCUAAAUAAGUAUUUUAGCAACUUGUAAAAUUUAUCGUAAAGUACAUUAAAGGUCACAUGA